UUGGGGACAGCGUCACACAUACACACGCACACUCACAUACACACACAUGCACACAUCUCUACAGCACCAUCUGGGACAAAUAGGACGAUUUUGUUUUUUGUUUUUCAAGAUAAUAAUUCUUAUAUUUGUUUUUUGUGUGGUUUUUUUAAAACACUGACAUGGAGCAAGAACCCAACCUCACUUACCAUUCUGUUUGCCACAGCUGCUUGAGGAGAGACAGAGGAGCAAAAAAGGGCUUAAAGCUGUGCCCGUCCAGUCAGAUGCUGGUGUGCGCGCUGGUUUUCUCCUUCUGCCUGCUUGAAGUCGCUGCAAAUGAGACGCUGUGCGGCGGAGAGCUGGUGGAUGCGCUGCAGUUCGUGUGCGAAGACAGAGGCUUCUACUUCAGUAGGCCAGUGAGCAGGUCAAACAGCCGACGUCCUCAGAGCCGUGGCAUUGUGGAGGAGUGUUGUUUUAGGAGUUGUGAUCUUGCACUGUUAGAACAGUACUGUGCCAAGCCAGCCAAGUCAGAACGGGACGUCUCAGCCACUUCCCUUCAGGUCAUACCUGUGAUGCCAGCAUUAAAACAGGAUGUCUCAAGAAAGCAUGUGACUAUAAAAUAUUCCAAAUAUGGACUCUGGCAACAGAACGCAGCUCAGAGACUAAGGAGAGGCAUCCCAGCUAUCCUGCGAUCGAGGAAGCACAGGCCACAGACAGAGAAGAAAAAGCGCCAGGAACCGGCCAAUGUCCACAAGCGUCUUAUCACACUUCCCAGCAAACGCCCUCCCUUAUGGCAUCCCACGGAAGAUUACGUCAGCCACAAGUGAAGACUGGAUAGUUUGCACAAAGUUAAAAGAGUAGGGGAUCAGAACAUCAUUUUUGUGAUGGUCCACUACAUCCUGCCUCCCUCACACAUACAGUACAUGCUCGCAUUCUUCCAGUCCUUACUCUUGCAUUCAUCAACAUGGACAAACAAGACUCAAAUAAGGAUGGAAGAUACCAAUUUGGGUGACUGAAAUUCAGGUGGAUGAUAAAAAAUUAUAACAAGGAGCAAAGGAAGCAUACAUGAUACAUGGGUUGUAAGAGUCAAGGACAGUUGUUUUGGAGGACAUCAGAACAUGAAGAACUGCUAGCACGAACAACAAGCAUUCAACAUCAUUCUCUGAAGGCAGAAGUAUCUUAUCAGUUAAUCCUCAUCAUUAUUAAUUACUUUGCACCACCCACUAUAAAGGAACAUCCACACUGUAAGGAAUUGUUUUGUAAAAAUUAGAUUCCUGUUCCAGCACCUUCUAAUCACAAACAAAAAAAAAGCAGAAAGUGUCUGCAAAUUGCACAUUGCCACGGAUUACGUCAAAGUUCUUGUUGAGCAAAUAAAGGCACUAUUUUUUUACGGACAAAAAACGUUUAGCUCAAAAAAGUCAUGGUGCUAGCGUUGUGAAUGGACUCAAGGGAAAAAAGGUUUGAAAAAGCACGCUUUUUUUGUUCUUCAAAUAAUUAUUAAGCUUUCCGUUUUAAGGAAGGUGUGACUUACAAAAAGAUCAAACGAGCAUAUCAGCUGUGGCAAUGUGUGAAGGGGGUGCCACUGUAUAUGGACUUGUCUGGUAUCAAAAUGUGCAACAGUCAUGCCAUGUCCCCUUUGCUUCAGUUCUCACUGCACUCAGUUGAAGGAGCCGUACGUGAGGACACUGAAAGGGUGACACUCAGGCCUGGACUGCACAUAGCCCUGGCCUUGCACUGCAGGAAGUGGGAGUAAAGGGACUUGGGACUUGGAAUAAGUGGGUUUUUUUUUUAGUCUUCUGUUUUCUUUUUGAGGAGAUGUUUAAAUCAAAAUCUGUUCAGUCUCUGGUACCAUGACGUUCCUGUUGAUGCAAACGACUUUUUUUCACCCAUUUACUUAAUUUGUUGAGAUGGUAUUUUGCAGUUUUGAAGAAUGGCACAAAUAUCAUUUCAAAGGGAAUACAUACGCAAUAAUUUCAACUAACAUUUAUUUCAAAAUUUGUAUCAGUAGUAUUCACAUGCUUUUGCCUGAAAACGGAUACUUGAAUAUCUAAUAUCUAAUAUAUAUAUAUAUAUAUAUAUAUAUAUAGUUUCCAGGGACGUCAUGUUAUAUUCUUUUAGUCUGAGCUGUAUCUUGCAUAAUGAGCCGCAAAGCUUUUUGUUUGUUUGUUUAAGUACAAAUAUGGGCACUGUAUAAAGGCAUUAUUUAUUUUGUUAUAAAAUUAUAUAUAAGACAAUUGGUCCAAAUACAGUAAUAUACAUAGCACUGAUGCUCAACUGAUGGAAUUAAUUUUAUAUGCUCUCCUUUUCCCAUUGUAUGUGUACUGCUUUUUUUUUUUUUUUCUUUUUGUAGAUGCUUUGUACCAAAAAUAUUCCUUUCUCCUUUUGGUUCACCACUGAGCUAUUUCAGCUAUUUUUAAAUUAAUAUUUAAACAGCAGAAGUCCUCUUAGGCAUGUUGUCACAAAAACAGGCACAUACUCAGAAGAUUCUGCAUUUCUUCACUUGUAGCUUCUCUCACAUGGCUUUUUGGUCUUCCAAAUGGAUUUCUGUUAUUAAAAAUACUCAUGCUUGACGUAUUACACUUGUUCCAUAUGCAGUGACAAUAAUCGAAGCAGUUUUGUUCCUAAGGAAAUGGUGAUGUCAUUAUAUUGCCAUUUUUUUGGGGUAUCAUUAAAGUAUAAACAUAUAUUCAAUAUA